AUGAAGCUCUCGGCGCUGCACCAGGGCUACUUGACCCGGCGGAACAACAGCUUUAGAGGAUCAGCGCCGUUGGAUUCCUCCGGCGACGGCAAAUCUCCCGCCGCGAUCUUCUGGCUAGUCCUCCACGGCUUGUGCUGCCUCAUCAGCCUCGUCCUCGGCUUCCGAUUCUCUCGAUUGGUUCUCUUCUUCCUCUUCUCCACCUCCGCCACCACCACCAUCACAACCACCAACUUCUACACGGCGCCGUUCCGCCAGCUAACCACCACCACUUCCGCUACUCCCGGUGACCUCACCAACGCCGACCCUUCCCUGACGAACCCGGAACUUCCGGCGCUCAACAGGACCCUGAGCUCAAGAGUGGUGGUCGGGCGGCACGGGAUCCGGAUCCGCCCGUGGCCCCACCCGAACCCGGCCGAGGUCAUACGCGCUCACCAGUUAAUCGAGCGGGUGCAGAGGGAGCAGCGUGCCCAGUUCGGUGUGAAGAACCCCAGGAGGGUUAUCGUGGUCACGCCCACUUACGUGCGCACUUUCCAGACGCUGCAUUUGACCGGCGUUAUGCACUCCCUCAUGCUCGUCCCCUACGACGUCGUCUGGAUCCUCGUCGAGGCCGGCGGGCCCACCAAUGAAACCGCCUCCAUCAUUGCCAAGUCCGGGCUGAAGACCAUCCACGUCGGGUUUAGCCAGCGAAUGCCUGAUUCUUGGGAAGGAAGGCAUCAAUUGGAGGCCAGAAUGCGGCUCCGUGCCUUAAGUAUUGUUAGGGAGGAGAGGCUGGAUGGGAUAGUGAUGUUUGCGGAUGAUAGUAAUAUGCACAGCAUGGAGCUGUUUGACGAGAUCCAAAAUGUGGAGUGGUUUGGUGCCCUUUCAGUUGGGAUACUUCUUCACUCUGUUAGUGUUGAAGAGGGUGCUGCUAUCCAGAAAGAUUUGGGGGAGGAGAAUCAACGGCAAAUGCCGGUUCAGGGUCCUGCUUGUAAUGCUUCUAAUCAGUUGGUUGGUUGGCACACUUCUAAUUCGGUGCCAUAUGAGGGGAAAAAUGCAAUUUAUAUUGAUGAUAGGGCGACCGUGCUGCCAAGGAAGAUGGAGUGGGCUGGAUUUGUGUUGAAUUCGAGGUUGCUUUGGAAGGAUGCUGAAGGCAAGCCGGGAUGGGUGAAGGAUUUGGAUUCGGUUGGUGAGGAUAUUGAGAGUCCUUUGUCUCUGUUGAAUGACCCUUCAAUGGUGGAGCCACUUGGAAGCUGUGGGAAACAGGUUUUGCUUUGGUGGCUCCGUGUUGAAGCUCGUGCUGAUAGCAAAUUCCCUCCUGGUUGGAUAGUUGACCCGCCUCUGGAAAUCACUAUUCCAUCAAAAAGGACACCAUGGCCUGAUGCACCUCCGGAGCUCCCUUCCACUGAAAAACUUGUGGUCAGCCAAGAGCAGACCAUUAAGCAUCCUACAAAGACCCGGUCACACAGAUCGAAACGCAGUUCUAGAAGCAAGAAGAAGCAUGAGGCUAAACUGGGUGAUAUGCAGGGUUCGACAAGGCAUAGUGAAGGACACUAA